AUGAAAUCAGCAGACGAAAAUAGAAUUUUUCAAGAUUUACUUAAUGCUUGUCGUAAUGGUGAUUUAGAACUAGUUGAAAGGUUAGCAUUUUUGAUUCCUCAUUCGAGUUAUUGUUAUACCGUUUACGCGUUAGAAAAAAGAACCAAUACGACUUUGAAUUGGAUUAGCUUGGUUCGAAAUUUUGGGGCACCAAUUAAUCAAACCGAUACAUGGCAAUGUUCCCCUUUAUACCUUGCCUGUCUAUGUGGACAUUACAGAGAGUUCUUACUUGAGAAUGGAGCUAGGUGUGGACAAGAUACCUUUGAAGGGCAACGCUGUUACUAUGGAGCAUUGACAAUUAAAAUACGGAGUCUCUUGUCAAGUUACAAGUACACUAAAGCAGAUGACAAAUAUCAACCAUUUCGCAAAUUCUUUUCCCACAUAUUAGAACGUCCUCUUGACACCUUUAGCGACGUUAUUUUUAAAUUAAAUGCUCCAUACGGCUGGUUGAGAGGUUAUAAUACUUUGGAAAAGUUAGAAAUUUCAGCUCAUAGAAGUAUACUAUAUGCUCGAUCAACAUUCUUUGCAAGCAAAUUUCAGACGAUUUGGCGUACAUCUAAAGUGAUUGAAAUUCAAGAGAUACAAAUUCAUCCAACAUGUUUUCGUACAAUGUUGAGAUAUCUUUAUACCGGAGAAAUAACAUCGAUCCCAAAUUCCUUAAUGGAUAACAUGAUACAAUUGUGUCAAUAUGUCUGUCUAAAUAAUUUAGCUGAACGAUAUAAGAAUAAAAGAAUCAAUCAGGAUCUGGAUAAGGUAGAAUUUAAAAAACUUCAAAACGACCUUGUUAAAUUUUUUAAAAAUGUGCUACUUGAAGACAAACAGUAUUACGUUGAGACAGAUUAUAAUAAUAAGAUGGAAUUCACGGAAUCUCAACAUGAUAUUUGUAUUAGAGUGGAAGAUGAAUACUUUAAUUGUCACAAGGUUUUCCUCACUGAGCGUUGCGAAUAUUUUAAAGCCAUGUUUACUGGACCUUUUUCUGAAAAAUUAUUACGAUCACCUCGAGUUUCAGAUUGUAGUUCCGAAGUAUUUGCUUUAAUUCUUGAAUUCAUAUAUACAGACAAGUGUGAUAUACCGGAAUCCCUGGCAUGUGAAGUAUUAAUAAAGGCUGAUAUGUACUUACUGGAUAAGCUCAAAUCAAUCGCGUCUAUCGUAUUAACUAAACUAUCCGAACCACUUGAAGAUAUUUACGUACUUAUGCGUACAGCUAUUGAUUUAAAUAUUGUUAGAUUAGAACAAUGGUGUUGUCGUUGGUUUGCUGAACAUCUGCAUGAAGUUAUAGAAGAUCAAAGAUUUCUAGAUUUCAUUUGUGAAUCCGCUCAUUCUAUUAAAAAAAGACAAGAGACUGAUACUAUUCCUUUCAUCGAUGAUUUAAGAUAUUGGUUAUCUAAAAAGUAUAGUGUGCUUGAGGAUGAUAUUGAUAAAAGAAGUGGUAAAGUACGGGAAUAUGAUGGUGAAGAAAUAACUGAUUGGGAAGCUGAAUAUAAUUUAGUCUUGGAAAAAAUUGAACAAGUUUUAUUAAGUUUAGAUUUAAAUGCUUGA